AUGAAUUUCACAAAAAAGUUCGACCGCGCCUUUCAGUGGGCCGGCGAGAAGAUGGGUUCAGAGGCUAGAACAAACAUGUCGGAUGACUUCAAGACCCUGGAGACCGAGAUGGCUCUCCGGUUCGACGGCAUGGUGAAACUCCAAUCCUCUAUGAACGAAUAUGUUAAGUGGCUCGCCCGCCGUACUGAGGGCAUGGAUCGCGAGAAGGGUGUGCCCGCAGCCAUUCUAGGACGGACGAUGAUUGCACAUGGCGAGGACUUUGACAACGAUUCCGAGUUUGGAAACUGCCUGAUCGCCAUGGGUCGAGGCAACGAGCGUGUGGCCAACAUUCAGGAGCAGUUUGCCGCCGACGCCAGCACUUACUGGCUUGAGUCACUCGAGAGGUCCCUGGCAAUGAUGAAGGAGUACCAGGCUGCUCGCAAGAAGCUCGAAUCCCGACGACUGGCCCUCGAUGCCUCUACAACUAAGAUGCAAAAGGCGAAGCGCGAUGAUUUCCGCAUUGAGGAUGAGCUUCGUAGUGCCAAAGCCAAGUACGAGGAGUCCUCCGAGGACGUAUACCGGCGAAUGCAAGAUAUCAAGGACGCCGAGGCUGACAGCAUCCGAGACCUUACACGGUUCCUUGAUGCUGAGCUGGACUACCACGACCGAUGCGCCGAGGAACUCCGUCGUGUGCGACAAUCCUGGGCAGCUGGAGCAGCGGGCGGCGGUUCACCCAAGGAUUACUCACGCCGUCCGUCAGGUCGCAGCAGGUCAAACACCGCGGAGCAGUCAUCUUACGGCGGCUCACGGCUGGCACUCAGCAGGACCAACAGCAAUGUCUACGAGGACGAAGAGGCGGACGACUUCCCCACCCACAGCGCGCGUGCGCCCAUUCGCUCGCAGUCGCGCAUCAGCGUCAACAGCCAAGCAUCUGACCGGCCGGACCUACCCGGACGGCCUGGUAUUUCUAGGAGUAAUACAUACCAGAACGAACGCAAUCUCGGCGCCAGUCUGUCUCGCACAACUUCCGGAACCUCAACACCACUCAGAGAAGCCCCUCCACAGCUCAACGUCGGCUCCCUGCGCGGCCAGCUGCGUCCCACCGGGAGCAGCAGGGCCUCCGCGAUGGACGUCUUUGCUGACAAUGACGGUGACGACACUGGCAGCAGUGACACAGCAGACAGAAGCACUAGCCCCGCCACAAGUUACGGAAGUCUGAGCAGAACCAACACCGCCCCCAAUGGUGCCAUUGGAAAGAAGGGACCUCCACCGCCGCCACCCAGCAGGGCCAAGAAGCCCGCGCCGCCUGUGCCUGUGCGCCGGGAGGUUGGAUAUUAG